AACAAAGUUGCAUGAGGCUGUGUGACAUUUCCAUUUUACCUUUUUUGGAAAAUAUACAGAAUAUUUCUAUUUGUAUUGAAAGCCUUAUCUUUUUUUCCAAAGGAAUAGUUUGUUUGUUUGUUUUUUAACUGCUGUGGCACAUUAUGAUGUAUCUCCUGAACAUUUGCAUGAAACAUGUGACACUGUAGGCCUACUGUAUACUUAAUUUUAGUCUUUGUUAGACAAACAUGCACCAACAAUGUAUUUUAGGCUCCUUAUAAUUUCACUUUAAUGCCACACCUUGCCAAUGCCAAAUAAGGUGCAAGUGAGCUUUUUAGCACAUUGUCCAUACACUGAGCGCACAAUUGUAUCCUGGAAAGAAAUGGUUAUGUUUUCAUGACAUCCCUUUUUAAAUCUGAAGAGAAGCAGGCCACAACUGUUGUUUGAAACUACUGACAAAUGUUGAUUUUUCAUUCUAUACUUACACUUUGAAGUCUUCUAGUGCCUGUCUCCAUUAUCUUGUAGGAUUUAUCUGAUUUUUAUUCAAAUCUCUAUCUCUGUGUGUUUGUUUCUAUCUAGGCCUACUGCUGUCACAUGAUAUUUGGUCCCCUGUACAGCACUGCAUUGGAAGACAGACCUUUUUUUUAACUACAGAGAAUGGAAUUGAGAGGAACCACAAUUACAGGGUCAUUUUAAGUUUGUUUUCCAUUUUUCUGCUUUAUCCAGCCUACCCUCUUCUUAUCCAUCUGUCUACCCCCUAUCUCCAUUCACAUACUCCCCCACUACUGUCCCUCUCCAAAAAGAAUGCACAUCCAGCUUGACAGAUUUACCAAGGGUUAUUGCAGAUUGCAGAAACCUACACACUUGGAUUCCUGCUAAGUAUGAAGGACACUCUUACACCCACAUGUAAUGUCAGGGUCUGCACAGUUCUGCAUACUCAGACACUGCCCCCCCGCCAGCCGACUCUGGAUGUAAAUACAUUCUUGCUUCUUUUGCCUCUUAUCAGAAGUUUGGUUUAACACAAACACAGCACAGCAGGACAGGGGAAUGCUUAUUUCUCCAGCUCUCCAUAAGCACCAAAACUGUCAAGUACUCAAGUCUUUAUAGGACAUCAAAACUUUUUUUUUAAACAGGCUGUGAAGCCUUAAAAAGUAGAGCCCCACAGUAAAACAAGAGCUAAAGUUACAGUAUGUGCCACAAGCAACUAGAAAAACAUUCUUUUCAUGGAAACCCUGCUUUGUGCUUUUAUAGGCUGUCCAUCCGGUUUGCUCCAGACUUUGAUCAAGGUGCAGCAGUUCUGCUUCUCUUAUAAAAAGUGGCUGAUUUUAGAGCAUUAUUGAAACAGCAUCCCCCUCUACAGGCCUCAGUAAUGUAGGCCAGAGGGCUGGCUCAUCCUCUUAAUAGUGAGUGUUAUUCUUGCCUGGAUUGUACAGUAGAGGCAAACAGACACUGUGGCUCAGAUGUUAUGGAGCCAAAGGAGCCCCUGGGGCUUAGGGAAAUAUGGUAAAGGCAAAGAGACCAUUAGGUUUACAAAACCUUCCUGUCUUGGUUCUACUGGAGCACUGUUUGGAAAAUGUAUGGCAUUUGUUUAAACUAGAUCACUAAAGUUAAUCAUCUUACUUAAAAUGAUUCUGUUUAGUCAGUUAAAUGUCUCACAUGUUGCAAAGGCUUUUGUUACAGCCUCAGGCUUUGUCCCCACCUGUGCAAUGUGCAUAAUGAUCAGCCACACACUCACACUGGACAUCAAAAGCACCUUCAAACCCAAAUUUCAGUCCUCUUUCACCUUAAGGUUCAACCAUGUGGAGAACCAAAAACCUCAGGGUAAAAAGAUAAGCUCCUUUCAAAGCCUCAGCCAUGAAUUCCGAUAUGUACGUACUUCUCCCCCCUGUUAUACUGAAACCAGGGUUAUUCUGGAGGAAACAUCUGGCCUUAAUUAAUGCCUUCAUAUCCCUUCCUCCUCAUUCACGUCAUCCCCCUCAUGACUCUUUCUCCCAGCUGUUGCUCAAUCAGUGUCUAUUUCUUUCCCCAUUCUCACACUCUCUCUCCGCCCAUCCUGCAUUAGCAAUCUCCUCCUCUGUCCCCUGUCUUUCAUUUCUUGCCUCCUGUCGCUGUUUCCCUGUUCUGCAACAGGCUGCCUUGCUUUGUAUGCACACUGCAUCAUGAUGCAUGCGGACUGCAUCUGGGGAUUCUACUUGUUCCUCUCUCUAAGUUUAAGAUGGACGAGGGCUCAAGAGACAAAUUACACCAGGCCAGUGUUCCACUGUGGAGGAGACCUGGUUGCAGAAGCAGGCUUUGUUGGCAGUGAGGGGUUCCCAAGCUUCUAUAAACCGAACAGCAGAUGCACCUGGAGGAUCACUGUCCCUGAGGGAAACGUGGUCACGCUCUCCUUCCGCAUUUUUGACCUGGAGGCUGAUUCACAAUGUCAGUAUGACUAUCUGGAUAUUUACAACGGCCAUUCCAACUUGGUGCAAAAACUGGGUCAUUUUUGUGGAACGUUCCGACCUGGUGCUCUUAUUUCUACCACAAACACCAUGAUGUUAGAGAUGGUGUCUGAUGCAGAGACACAGAGCAGAGGGUUUGUGGCCUACUUCAGCGGAGUAAAACCAUAUGUGAAUGACCAACAGUUCUGUGGAGGGAAGAUAACCAAAGCCCAGGGAGAGAUAAAGACACCCAACUGGCCGGAUAAAAAGUACCCACCAGGAACCAGCUGCUCCUGGCUUAUCACUGUGGAGCCUGAUAUGGUAAUCCAUGUGAGGUUUGAUAAGUUUGUCUUGGAGGCCGACACCUAUUGUCGGUUUGACUAUGUGGCAUUUUUUAACGGCGGUGAGAAAGAUGACUCCCGUCUGAUUGGAAGAUACUGUGGUGAUCAAGCCCCAGAACCCAUUAUUACCAGUGGCAACACACUACUGGUCCAGUUUGUGUCCGACCUUAGUGUGACAUCUGAUGGCUUCCUGGCCCACUAUACCAGCAUCCCUCAUGGUUCUCAGGUACCACCAGUUAACUCAGGAGCCAGAACAAGGAUUGACAAAACAAAAAUUGAAGUCAGACCUGCUGCACCUGAACGUCCUGCUGUUAUCAUCCAGCCACCUGCCCCAACUACCAGAUAUGUGUCGCCUCCUCCCCCUGAGCCCACCAAGAGACCCACACCAAACAAGCCUGUGAGAGGCCGUGGACAGGACACCACAGGACAGGACAGAAGAGUUGUAGUCACAAGGCCAGAUGGAAAGAGGCCUGUCCCUCAAAAUCCACUGUGUGCCAGAGCCUGUAAAAGAGAGGGAAACUUCAAAUCCAGCUUCUGUGCCAGUGAAUUUGUGAUAACUGGGACAGUGACGUCUCUGGCUCCGGGGCCCCGUGGCACUCUUAUUGUUAACACCUCCAUCAUCAACAGCUAUAAGACAGGUCGACUAACCACCACUCAGGAUGAACAUAUCGUAUCAGUUAAGCUGAUAUCAAAGUGCAAGAGGUGUCCAGUCUUCCGCAGAGGUGAGUCCUACAUUAUCAUGGGUCAAGUGGAUGAAGACGGACGUGCUAUUGUGGAACCUGGUGCAUUCAUCGCAUCGUACAAACCCCCACAGCACAAAUUAUUAAUGAAUAUCAGUAAGCAACCGUGUUAACCUUGCACAUCUGUCGAGGGCAGGAAACUCACAUGACAUAUCAAACACAUAAGGUUUCAAUGAAAAAUGCAAAUCUAUUACAGGACAUUUAAGUUUUAUCCAACAUCUUAAAGGAAUAUAAAGACACUGUUUUUUCAAAAACCUGCCAAACCUUAUGUUGGUUAUUUAUAUAUGAAUAAAGGUUUUAUAUCUCCUUCA